CGAAGCAGGUCUCUAUGAGUUGCAUUACGCAGUUGCGUACGAGCAAAUCGAAGGAAGGCUGGCUGUGAACUGAUACUAGCCGUGACUGGGGUCGCGAUUCGUGCUGGCAGUGACGAGAAUGGUCUUAGUUGUGGAGAAGAAUUAAAUUGGCAAAGGGUAUUGCAAUGAGCCAGGCGACUGUUGCAUUUCGAUUGUAUGAUAGAGCGGUGAAAUACAUGCAAGCACCUUUUCGACAUGAGCAAGUUCGGAAGAGCGUGUAUGUCACGGUUGACCGCAACGUCCAACCUAAUACAAUUUCAUUGAUCGUAAACAACAUUGUCAGGGCUAGCGCUGGCUCAUCAUAGGCCACGACGACUAAAUGUCUCAUCAUCUCUUCCUGCUCUCUCCGUCUGAUACGCCAAUAUACAGUUUGACGCACUACUCUACUAAGCUACCACAGCCAACGUCCUCGUCACUUUCGUCAAACUUGCCUACAUGGUCUACUUCUGCGUUUGCGGGCACGCUGACGGCGUUGUCAGGAGCGUCGAGCGCUACGCAGUCUCAUCACGUCCAAGGUGGCAGUGUGAGGAUGGGCGGAGGGCAAGAUCGACAUGUGAUCCAAAUGAUUGCCAACGCAAGUCUGGACAUUAUUGAAGAUGUCAUGCGAAAGGAAAGCGCCAUGUAUCUGAAAUCUGUAGAUAAAUUCAAUGAAUGGACGGUGUCUGCGUUCAUUACCCCAGGCAACAUGAAAUUCAUACUGCUGCAUGAGACUAAGAAUGAUGAUGGAAUCCGGUCCUUCUUCCACGAUGUCUGGGAAUUAUACCUCAAGACAAUGUUGAACCCAUUCCACACGGCACAUUCACCGAUACGCAGUACUGUGUUUGAUACACGGGUUCGGGCGAGUGCGAAAAAAUAUCUUUGACAUCGGUACCUGAGGAGAGGCCACAGGCUGUCCAAAUGUGGGGAACAAGACAAUAACUUUCAUUACACGGCAUACACGUGUACGGUUAUUAUCAUAGGGACCAGGGAAUGCAGUUAGACUCUGUAGUGGAGUGAAUUACCGAGAUCCAGGUUGAGCAAUACUAGUUUUAAAACAA